GUGGAGAUCGACGGGCCGACCAGCGCCCCGCGCCUCCUCUGGAGUGACCUGUCCCUGGAACGCCCGGGCUUCGACAGGCGCGAGCUGGCGAGGCUGGCCGCGGCCGCCGUGGUGGAGGAGAGGCCCGCGUGGUCUCUUGGACCUCUGGGCGAGCAGCAGGGCGCCCCUGGUGCCCUCCGGGUGGCCACGUGGAACUGCGGCGCCCUGGUCCACCACGAGCUCCCGGGCAUCCACUCGAGAGUCGGCUACAUCAACGACCACUUGCACACAGGAACUAUUUUGGCGUUGCAAGAGGCCCACGGCUCUCCAAGUUCACUCCGCGAAGUCCAACGUCGCAUACUAGCGCGAGGGCGCUGGUUCAAUUCGUUCUGCAGUGGGGGCCGCUCCGCCGGCGGUCUGGCCACCUUCUCCCCUGCGACGGCGGGCUACACCACCUGCGUCCCUCUCGAGUUUUGCCCUGGUCGUCUACUACGCGUGGAGGCCCGACAUCAGAGGGGAGACCGCACGCAUCGCAUUAUUCAUGGGAACGUGCACAGUUUUGAGAUUCCGCCUGGCACCCUGGCCAAGGCGCAGAAGCAGAUGAAGCAGGACACUGCUGAUUGCCAGUUGUCGCCUGGACUAUGCGUCACCUUCGUUGCUGGGGACUUCAACUCGGCCCUCCGCGGCGCCACUGAGAUGGUACCCAUGGCGCCCACCCAUUGGACCGAGGAAGCCAAGACCGCCACCGACAUAGACGAGAUCUUCGUGGCCCAGCCGGCAUGGCCGUCGUGCCGCACUGCCCAGCAGAUGCAAGCCGAUGGCGAACCGCAGGAGUUGCAUCUCGCCAAGAUCUCGGACCACGCGUUGGUCACACUGAGCUGGGCCCACCGUCGGGAGUGGCACAACCCCGCCGGCCAGCCUGCGCCGAUCCCGGCCUCCAUCCUGAACCACCCGAAGUUUGCCGAGUACUUCGAGCAGUGGUUCGCGCAGCGCGUCGGCCGAUUGGUGCGCGACUGGCGCCUGCGCAACGACGCUGGCGGCAAGUACUCCACCGCCAUGCUAUGGCGACAGGCCGCGCGAGUCGCGUGGAGACAUGACGUGCGCCUUGGGCGACUGCUGGUCCGCGAUUGUCCGUGGCGGGGGCAGUUCCUCGAGAUCCGCGAGGCUCACCGCAGCGUCGUGUUUCUCCAACGUGCUGAAUUCCAGCGCCUGCACGACUUGGCCCGACGUCGCGAAGCCCAUUCGCUGAUAGCUGCUGGGCGAGCGGAGGAGCAGGAACACCAGCUCUGCUCGCUUGCCAGGGGCGCGAGGCGACACCAGCUCCGCGGGAGGCGGAAGCGAGCGCAGAUUUGGCGCGCCAUUCAGCCGCAACGUUUGCUGGCCGGCGCGGUGCUGGACGGCGAGGUGCACCGUUCGGAUCAAGUUCGGGAGCUUGCGUUUGCCAGCUACUGUGGCGACGUCUUUUUCGACCAGGGAGCGCCCCCGGUGUCGCCGCAGAAGCAGCGGCUCAUCGAGCGCUACCUGUCUGCCCACUGCGUCAAGCACUUCGACUGGGAGUGUUGCGGCGAGCCCGUCAUUCAGGACUUCUUUCACGUGCUAAAGCGCAUGAAGGCGAUUGGCCUGCCGCUUUACGCCGACUCGAACGGGGCCAUCGGCGCGUUCCCGCCGAAGGGGGUCAAGGACGCCGACGGCGACGAAGGGGCCAUCCGCGCACCUGCGGUUACUCGGCCGCUGGCGUUGCGCAACACCUCCAUGAAGGACGAGGCUGACGAGACGUCACCAGUGACCGUGCGGACGCUCUCAGACCUUGCCACCCCCUGCUUCCUGAUCGCGUUUGCCCCCAGCCGACCCACGGGGCCGGUGACCUUCGCAACGCAGGCGAAGGGGCCCCAAGCUGGUCGCGGCGCCCUGCGGCCCCUCCGUCCGUGGGCGUUCAGCUUUGACUUCAAGCAGGCCUUCCCCUCAGCGAUGCACGGCCGGCUCUGGGCCGUCAUGCGGAAGUGGGGGGUGCCGCUCGGGCUGCUGAGUGUGAUGCAGAUGCAGUACCUCGCGACCUACGUGGUGGCGGCUGCGGGCUGCGUGCUCUUCGCGCGGCGAUGUGGCGUGCUGCAGGGAGGCCCUGCCAGCGGCUCGGCGUUCGCGAUGGCGGCGGACCCCUUCGCGACCGACAUGCACGCGCAGGGCAAAUCUUUCUGGUGCAUCGACGACUCUGCGGCGGGCUUACUCGACCAGGACGGCAUCUUAGUACUGCGCCGCGCCUUCAAAGCCGCCGAGACGCUAGCGGGCCCGGUGCUCAACUUGGCGAUGUGCCAGGCGGUCCCGCCGUGGAGGGCGCCGUCCGACGACUCCUUCGAGGAGGCGAGGCUCUGGCCGGCCACGGUCGUCGAGGCCUGCAUGUCCUCGGAGUUUGGCUCGGUCC